AGACUAAAACCGGCCAUUACCCCUACCUUCCGGAAGAAUCCUGUCAAGGGCAACGUGAUCAAACCUGUAGAGGGAGAGGUGGAGAAAGUGGAGUGGAGUCAACCCAGCAUUAACACUGUGGGGCUCAGAACGAGGUGGCUUCCUGACCAGGCUCCUUCUCCCAGUACUCACCACCAGGUCUCAGGCAAGGAAAGCUCAGUACCAAGGGAGAGGGACAACAGGUCUUUAGGUUGGCAGGAUCAGAGGAGAAGUUGGGCUAACAGGACAUCACACCUCAGUGGUAGUGGGACUCCUACCCAGUCUACCAACACCCUCCCUGGGGCUAACAAUAACUCUGAGCCUGCCAAGAUGAGCCCUCUACACAGGACAACCAGCAACAACCAACAGCCUUCACACACUGAGGUUACCCCCUCUGGAACCAAAUCUGCAGCGUACAGGAGCAACAAUCCUCUAUGUAGGACAAACAGCGUCCAACAGAAACCCUCACACGCUGAGUUAACUCCUUAUAGAACCAGCUCAGAGCCUUACAGAGCAACCUCUCUACACAAAAGAACAAGUAGUCUUCCACAACCUUCUCCUGCUGGGGUAGUAUCACCCCCGACCCCUGGGACCACUACAGGUACUACCAUGGUCCUGAAGACAACUAAACCAGCCUUCUCCUCCAUCACUAUCGCCUCCAAGAAGAUCUCCAGGACGGCAAGCCUCCCUGGAUCUAGAGCCCCCAGACCCCAGAGCUACCACUCUGACGAGGCCAGGGUCCCAGGCUAUAAAACCCCCAGGCCCCAGAGCUACAACUCUGACGAGGCCAGGGUCCCAGGCUAUAAAGCCCCCAGCCCCCAGAGCUACCACUCUGACGAGGCCAGGGUCCCAGGCUAUAAAACCCCCAGGCCCCAGAGCUACCACUCUGACGAAGCCAGGAUCCCAGGCUAUAAAACCCCCAGGCCCCAGAGCUACCACUCUGACGAGGCCAGGGUCCCAGGCUAUAAAACCCCCAGGCCCCAGAGCUACCACUCUGACGAAGCCAGGAUCCCAGGCUAUAAAGCCCCCAGCCCCCAGAGUUACCACUCUGACGAGGCCAGGGUCCCAGGCUAUAAAACCCCCAGUCUCCAGAGCUACCACUCUGACGAAGCCAGGGUCCCAGGCUAUAAAACCCCCAGACCCCAGAGCUACCACACAAACCAGGCCAGACUCUCCACCACCUGCACCUCUGUCACCCAGCAGGACCAGGUCCAUCAUCACCACUCCAUCGACAACGACCCCAGCUCCACCCCUGUCACCCUCAGGAGAAAGACCACCGCCACCAUAGUGAAAGUGACCGAGCACAGAAGGAUGAACUCUGAACCUGUCAACCGACUGAACGGAAGGCAAAGCCCUGGUUCAUCUGUGUCAGGUGACCAACCAAAUGAUCAGGGCACAGUGGUUCACAGGAGAAAAGCCACCAUCAUAAAAGUGACAGAGCACAGAGAGAGCUACAGCCCAGGUCAGGAUGCCAGUGGUGGGGACAGCAGCAGUACACCGUCAGAGUACACACACAGUUACACAGAGGGAGUAUACAGCCCAGGACAGGAUGCCAGUGGUGGGGACAGCAGCAGUACGCCGUCAGAGUACACACACAGUUACACAGAGGGAGUAUACAGCCCAGGUCAGGAUGCCAGUGGUGGGGACAGCAGCAGUACGCCGUCAGAGUACACACACAGCUACACAGCAUACAAACACAACUCCCCGUGGCAACAAGGAGUCAUGAAUUCACCCAUGAACUCUAUGGAGUCACUCCAGAGUACCCCUCCCUCCCAGUACCUUCUAGAAUCAUCUAUGGACAGGAUAGACAGGCACAACUCUGCUCUGUUCGUGACUCCUAACAAGUUCACCUCAACCACUACAGUUGCCCUUAGGGACCCAGAGGGAAGCAGAGGUGGAGGGAAGCCAAUACAGAAGUCUACCCUGAUGCUGCUCAUCAACCCCCCUUCUCCCUCUUCCAAAGAGACGGUUGGUGGAGAGAGAGGAGGCGAAGAGAGAUGGGCUCGGGAUAGAGCCAGGAGACCAGUAUGCUGCUAUGCUAAUGUGUUUGGUCACACUGACCCGACAGAGCCAUGGCCGGUCCCAGAGACUGGUACUGUUACACAAGCUGGACCCAGGCAUUUGAGCCCAGAGACUGUAACUGUUACACAAGCUGCACCCAGGCAUUGGAGCCCAGAGACUGUAACUGUUACACAAGCUGGACCCAGGCAUUGGAGCCCAGAGACUGUAACUGUUACACAAGCUGGACCCAGGCAUUGGAGCCCAGAGACUGUAACUGUUACACAAGCUGGACCCAGGCAUUGGAACCCAGAGACUGUAACUGUUACACAAGUUGGACCCAGGCAUUGGAGCCCAGAGACUGUAACUGUUACACAAGCUGGACCCAGGCAUUUGAGCCCAGAGACUGUAACUGUUACACAAGUUGGACCCAGGCAUUGGAGCCCAGAGACUCUAACUGUUACACAAGCUGGACCCAGGCAUUGGAGCCCAGAGACUGUAACUGUUACACAAGCUGGACCCAGGCAUUGGAGCCCAGAGACUGUAACUGUUACACAAGCUGGACCCAGGCCUUGGAGCCCAGAGACUGUAACUGUUAUACAAGCUGGACCCAGGCAUUGGAGCCCAGAGACUCUAACUGUUACACAAGCUGGACCCAGGCAUUGGAGCCCAGAGACUGUUACUGUUACACAAGCUGGACCCAGGCAUUGGAGCAUGGGACUUCCCAACCAGACCCAGAAUUCUAAUAUUGACCCAGUGAGGGACUGGGUGAAGGACACUGCUACCAGCAACAGCAGAUUAAACACUGUAUCUUCUAGCUCUUCCAUCAGUGCUGGACCAGCAGGCAGGGACAGGGAGAUGUGUCCCCCAGAGACAGAGUCCUCCAGACCAGCAGGCAGGGACAGGGAGAUGUGUCCCCCAGAGACAGAGUCCUCCAGACCAGCAGGCAGGGACAGGGAGAUGUGUCCCCCAGAGACAGAGUCCUCCAGACCAGCAGGCAGGGACAGGGAGAUGUGUCCCCCAGAGACAGAGUCCUCUAGACCAGCAGGCAGGGACAGGGAGAUGUGUCCCCCAGAGACAGAGUCCUCCAGACCAGAGGGAAGAGGUACUGGACCAGCAGGCAGGGACAGGGAGAUGUGUCCCCCAGAGACAGAGUCCUCCAGACCAGAAGGAAGAGCGACUGAGAGAGAGGGAGAUCUAACACAACAUCCAAACCAGGCAGACGCCAGGAGCAACCAUCCCCAACCUCCUGCUAUCACUCUCAUCCAGCACCAAGAGCCUCCGUCACAUCAGCAGUCUCCUGAGGCUGUCCUGGCGCUCAGCGCUGCCGCCGUCAUAGCCAAUAUCAAACUCCAGAGACAACUGAGCCUGAGGAAGACAACACCACAUGACCUUUCUACACAGGACUCAAGGUCAUCCACGUCAGCGGAGGGGAGGAAAACACUGGUGAAGGAUGCGGGUGUUUGUGUGCGACCCAGGACUGAUGACAACAGACUAGACCCUGGUGAGACCACCAGAACCACACAUCCCAGGACUGAUGACAACAGACUAGACCCUGGUGAGACCACCAGAACCACACAUCCCAGGACUGAUGACAACAGACUAGACCCUGGUGAGACCACCAGAACCACACAUCCCAGGACUGAUGACAACAGACUAGACCCUGGUGAGACCACCAGAACAACACAUCACACAACCCAGAUUGAUGUUGGGUUUAUUCCCCUGAAUUCUGACUCUGACCCGGAAACUAGCAAAGCCAACAUUCCUUCACCCAGGGAGGCUCUGGAGCGAUCCAGACCACACUUCAUCAGUCGCUCUCAGGGCAGACUGAGAGAGAUGGAGAGGCGGGCGGCAGAGAGGAGGGAGGACAGGCGCUCCGACCACCAGCCAGAGGAGAUGACGCUGAUGCACCAUAGAGGACGACACAGCACCAGACCCAGUCCUCUGAGUGAAACUGUUAGAUGAGAUCCUUCAAAGGGGUAGUCACUGAGUGAAGCCAAGGAUGAAUGGUCCGAACGUACGUGAUCCCCCCUCCUUCCAACAUACUGCCUUACUUUGAGAGACCCAACAACCAUCAAGAUGGACUGCCGAUUAUCAUAACGACUGUAUUAUUACACAUUAUAAUUAAGCAACAUCAUUUUUUAUAAAAUUAUAAACAAAUACAUUUUUUUUUGUAGUGAAAAAUGGGUGUCAUUAGAAAUGAAACAAAACAAUGUAUGUAAUGAUGUCAUAACGUCCCAACAUUUAAUAAAUAUCUUUCAUUAUCAUA